AUGCCGCAAUUGCGUGGUCAGGGCAAGAAGCCCGCAGAAUUUGAUCUGCGGUCGCAAUUGGAAGACAUGCAGAAACGAAUUGAUCAUGAAACGGAGGAAGCCUUGUCCAAAAGAGACUCCAAGAAACAUGCACCCUUCUCCAACAUUCUGAGCAAAAGAGACAAGCGAACGUCAAUGCCCGUAUUUGCCGGUAGCUCUACUCACAAUAACGUAGUUAACAGCAGUUCGUCCAAGGACGUCAAUUUCAUGGUAGGGUUGAGCGAAAACCUGCUGCUUGAAUGUCGACGGCUUCAGGCAGAUAAUGAGAAAAAAUCACUCAAACUGAAAUCUUUGCAACAGGAGUACGGAUCAAUGCAGAUCAAAUUCGAAAGCUUGUCUGCUAAACUACAGGGAACGCAGUCGGAAAGCAUCUCUCUAAAAGACACGAACUGGGAGCUGGAAACGAAACUUCAAGAAAUAUCACAACAGCUUAAAGAGCUGAGAAACGCAUCAGACCGAACUCAGAAAGAGCUGCAACAGAAAACAGAUGUUUUCAAUGACCUUCAGAACCGCUUCGAGGAAAUAAAUUUCGAGAAACAGGGGCUCGAGAGUCAGCUUAAAGAUAUCCAGCAGCAGAACGCUGCAGACCUCGCUGAGCUCAAGAGAAAUAUAACUGAUCUUAAUGAAGAAAACGACGAUCUCCAGCGAAAAGUGAACAAAAUGUCUCUUGUUGUUCACCCGCCCAUGGACCUGCAUGCAACACCCAAGGAGCUAACCGAAGGCCACGACGCUAAGGCAAGAGCCAGCUCCUCCCCUGAGAAUAUUUGCUCAGUAAACAGUCCAACGCAGCUUUCUCCGGCUACCGAAUCUUCGAGCGGGGCAAGGGCCCCACUUGAUCAAACUUCUAUUGAGGAACUCGAUCAUGCUAACACUGUCAUUGACAAGUUGAAGAGACAAAUUCUUCAUCUGCAAAAUACCCAAAACGCACAUGCAUGCUCUAAGCAACAGUCGUGGCAUAAUUCUAGUCCUCGUUCGGAGGCUGGAAUGUCUACUAAUGAAGCGAAGUCGAAGACUUCUACCCCGACCAAACGAAUAAGGAAGAAUCGAGAAAGUGUGGCCCUUUCAACACCAUGGAGCUUUGAGGACUCAAAUGAUAGUUUCAACGCCGAACACUCUCGCAGCUAUACCUCGGAUAUUGAUGCAGAAAGUGAUGUCACAGAUACGAUGGACGCCGUGCGUCACCCCAUAUUAGAAGACUUGAGUUACGACGAUGGUGUGAAUGAGGACUCGCCGUUGGACUUCAAAGACGUGCAGCGAUUUGCAGAUCUACAUGAUUUAAUAUUAUUGUCCAGGAGCGAAUUCGAAUCGAUGAAGUCCCACAAUGUUGAAGUGGAGGAAGGACGAAUAAACUCGGCACAUGAAGUUUCUGGAGCAGUGAGCUUCGAUGAGAAAGAUGCAAUCUCGCAACUGACACAAAACGGUUAUGUGAUACAUAGUCGCAAAGAUCAGGAGGAAAUAGAAAAAACGCUUUCAUGUUGGUUAAAUCCGCCUUUUGAUUAUUUGAAGCGAAAGGCUACAGAAAUGGGCAAGAAAAUAAUUGCUAAGGACGAAUACGAGGCUCUCAAGUACCCGUCACUUGAGAAUCUUACCAAACAGCUCGCAGAGCUCGAAUAUACUGCAUUGCCAAGCGACGAACUUAAAUCGUUAAUGAAAACAAUCCAAGAGCCUGCUGUAGAUUUUUUGGAAGCUAAAUUGAGUAAUCACAACAAAGUGGCUGUCUCCGCUGAGCAUUACAAAAAAUUGUCAAAGCCUCCAAUUGAGGAUAUGACUAGCUGGGCCAAGGGCGCUGGGUUCGAACUUGUUGAGAGCAAUGACUGGCAUUCUACUUUGAACUCUAUUGCAAAUCCAACUUUGGCGUAUCUAUCAGACGCUGCCCAUAAAAUGCAUCAUUCAGUAAUAGCAACUGAACUGUAUGAAAAUCUACGUGAGCCCUCCCUGGCGGAUUUAAACCGACACGCUGCAGACCUUGGUCAAAUUAUUCUUUCCAAUGAAGAUUACAAACAUCUUACAUCAGUUGAUCAGCCAUGGAUAGUGAAUAAAGCAGAAUCAUUGGGUCUCGUGGUUCUCGGUAAACAAGAGCACAUGGAGCUUUUGAAUCCCUCCUUGAACUGGCUCGAACAAAAGGCAAAGGCAGCAGGAAAUCAAGUUAUUUCUAGCGAGCAAUAUUCGCGGUUGGUAAAUCCAAGUUUAGACCAUGUAGCAGAAAUGGCGGCAAAGUUCCAGUCCGCGUGCGUUCCAACGUCGGAGCUCGACGACCUCCGGAAAAGCGUUUCCACUCCUGAAAAGGCUUUCAUUAAGGCAAAGGCGCUCGAUCGGAAUUUGAGAGUUCUUGAAGAAGAGGAGUAUCAAAAGCUAGAGGCUGAGCUAAAGUUCCCUACGCUUGAUACUGUGAAGCGCAGUGUUGAAGAUCAAUAUCUGGAACCUGUGCUCGAAUGGCUCGCCAAGGAAAUGGGCUUGGUUCCGAUGAAGAAAGCCGAAUACAACAAGCUACAAAACAUGUGCCAAAAUCCUUCUCGCGAAGAUCUGCAAAACAUGGCCCAUGUCAAAGGUCUGUCUGUGGUAGACUCAAAGCGACUUGAAGAAUUGAAUGAGUGCGUUCAGCAACCCAGCCUCAACUUUUUGCAAGAACACUGUGAGUCGUAUCAGAGAGUGGUUAUCGAUCGAGAAACUUGGUCUGACCUCAGCAAAAUGGCUGAGCAUCCCACCAUCGACUAUCUUAAGAAACAUGCAAAAUCUCAAAGCUUACACUUAUUAACUUUCAAGGCGUUAUCAGAGUUGAAAGGUCAGAUUGAUGAACCCGAUGUUGACUACCUCCGUGCCAAAUGCAACGCUUUAGAACUUGAAGUUGUAAGCAAAAAGGAUUACAGCGAUCUUCUCAGCCACAAGGAGAGGCCAGACAAAUCAUUCUUGGAAGCCAAGCUAGAAGAGAUGGGAUGCGCGUCCAUAGAGAUGAAGGAGCUUUCACAGAUGAAGAAACAAUUAGAGCAGCCUGAAAGAGCAUUCCUAGAAACGAAACUAGAUGAGACUGGGUAUGUUGCGGUGGAAAAGGGAGAGUUUUCGCAGAUGAGGAGACAAUUAGAGCAGCCAAGUAAGUCGUUUCUGGACAUGAAGCUCAAAAGUCAUGGUUUCUCAUCAAUAGAUGACAGAGAACUAUCUAAAUUGAAAAGUCAGCUGGAGCAACCGGAAAAACCUUACUUGGAAGCGAAGCUUAAAAGGUUAGGAUAUGUGGUAGUCAACGAGAAGGACUUUGAAGAUCUUUUAUCCCGUGUCGAAAACCCUGAACUACCCUUAUUAAAAGCAAAUCUCAAAAAGUUCGGUAUGAUUCCUGUUAAGACUGACCUCGUUGAGCGCGAUGCGUCUGAGCUCAUCGCAGUGGAAAUCCAGGAAUUUGAGAGCCUGAAAAAGACGUUGGAACACCCUCCUUUGUCUUUUCUAGAAGCAAAGUUGAAACAACUUGGGUGUUCUUCCAUUGACAAUAAUGAAUACUCGGAGUUACGCCUCCUUCGGGAUAGCCCUGCAAAACCCUUUUUGGAAGAGAAGCUGAAGAUGCUGGGCUACUCUACAGUCAAUACGGAAGAUUUCUCAAUGAUCAACAUACAAGGUAAAAAACCCGAUGUGGCCUUACUGGAGAAAGAAAUAAAGACACUCGGUUAUGCCAUGAUUGAUGGCUUUGAGCUUGAAGAGCUGAAAAAUGCUACUCAGCGCCCUUGCAUGUCGUUCUUAGAGAACAAGUUGAAAGAGAGAGGUUUCGUUACUGUCGAGGAAGGUAAAUAUAGCGAGAUGCUUCGAUGCACUGAAGCGCUAAAUCCGGAUCAUAUGGUGAGAAGUCUCGAGGAAAGUGGCAUGAGCGUGAUAGAAAAGUCAGAGUAUUUGAAAUUGAAAAGUCACUACGAAGCUCCCGACUUGACAUUCCUGAAGGCAAGACUCGAAGCUAAGGGUUCGACCUCUCUCAGCACAGAAGAAAUUGCCGCUCUUAAAGAAAGUGCGUUGAAUCCAUCAAUCGUUUUGAUGAAGGACAAACUGCAAGAGGCAGGAUAUGUCAUUGUCACCCAGCAAGAUUAUAAAACACUGAACGAGCGUGCUGACGAUCCUAGCUUGUGUCUGCUACAGGAAAAAGCAAGCGGGCACGGCUUCGUUUUCAUUCCUAAGACAAAACAUCAGGAAAUGCUGGAAAUGCUGGAGAAUCCAACCCUGGAUUAUGUGCGCACCAAGUUCAAAGGGUAUAAAAUAAUUACCAGUGAUGAAUAUGAGUCGCUUGUCGCCUCAACAAACUCACCUAGUCUACAGUUUUUGACUGAGAAGAGCCAGUUGCUCGGCUACUCGUUGAUAGAUACGCAGUACCAGCGCGAACUUGUCGAAAAGGCAGAAACUCCCACAUUAUCUCACCUGAGAUCUCAUGCAGAUAAGAAUAGAAGCAUUCUUCUGGCAAACGAUGAAUUUCAAUUGAUGCAAGACACGCUACGGAACCCUCCGCUAAGCUUCAUUACUGAGAAAUCGAAUUCACUAGGGCUGGUUGUUCUUUCGGAGAAUGAGCAUAAGAUGCUCCUAGCUGCUUCCAAUUCAGAGAAAAUUCUCGAAAAGGUCGAAGAAAUGGGCUUGAAAGCAAUUUCACAAGAAGAGUAUUCAAGACUCCGCAGUGACGACCUUAACUGUGCAAUUGUCGAAAAACUCGAAUCUCGUUUGGCAAACCUAGGAUAUGCCGCCAUCACGGUGGCAGACCUCGAGAGGUUCAAUCAACCAAUUGUCGAAAAACUUAAUGACGAUGUGGUGCUAGAAUUUUCUAAGAAAAACGGCAUGGAAGUUCUGUCACAAGAAGAGCUUUUAUCAUUGAAAGAGGCUGUUUCUAACCCUUCUAUGCAAGUUCUCGAAUCUUGCGCCGCAAGACACGAUAGUAAGAUUCUAUCAACUUGCGAAUACAACGAGCUAUUUGAAAAGGCUCAUUCACCCUCGUUCGACGCGCUGCGGCGUGGAUCCGAAAAGCUCAAUCUGACCAUUGUAGAUAAAGCGAAAUAUCAGGAAUUGAUAGAAAGAUUUGACAGUCCGCCCGUGGCCUGGCUUGAAACGCAAGCAGGUAGCAUGGGCAAGGUGUUGGCGGAUAAAGAACAAAUUGAACACCUCUCAGCAGCGAUCGAAAAACCAUCCGUUGAGUAUCUGAAAGCGAAAGCAGCCGAAGAAAACCUCUGUGUUCUUUCCUUGCUCGAACGUGAAAACUUGAGAGACCAUAUACGUAACCCUAAUGAGGACUUUAUCAAAGAAAAAGCCAAUAGUUUGGGAUUGGCUGUAGUAAGUCAGACUGAACUUGCGGAUCUUCGAAGGAAAGAUUUAUUCCCUGAGCCGAAAGAACUGGAUAUAAAAGCUGCGAAACUUGGGAAAAUCAUUAUGUCUCAGUGUGAACUUGAAGAUCUGAAAUAUCAACAAGAAAAUCCUUCGAAGGAGUUUCUAGAAUUGGCAGCGGAAAAGUUCAGUUCCGUGAUGAUUGAAAAGGACGAAUAUGAUCUUUUGCAUUCAGCCAAGGAUCGAAUGACGAUUGAAGACCUUGUCGAGGUUGCAUCUAAGCAUGCGUGCGCAGUAUUGCCUUGCACAGAUCUGAACAAAAUGCAGGAUAAUAUCCAGAGACCGCCCUUAGACUACUUGACUGAUAGAGCAGCCUCAUAUGGCAUGGUUAUCGCCGACGCCCAAACGUUCGAAACUUAUGAAAAGAACUGCGAGCGCUUGGAAAGGCCCUCGCUAGAAUUUGUUUCUUCUGUUGCAUCUGCGAUCGGUUGUACACUUGUUAACCACGAAGAGUAUGACCGCAUGAAGGAUAGUCUUGCGAACCCCACAGAAAAGUACAUUGAAAUGAAAGCAGAUGCUCUGGGUCUCACAACUGUAGACAAGAGCGUGCAUGAAAAAUUGCAAUCGUCCUUUGAAUCACCGAGCAUCAAAUUCUUGGAAGAAAAGGCAAAUGAACUUGAGUUUAGAGUGAUUCCUAUUACUCUAUAUGAGCGGUUAUCACACAUGGUAGACAAACCCACAUUCGAGUUCCUUGAGGAAGGAAUCAGUCUUUAUCCAGAUUACAAAAUCGUCAGGAAAGAUUACAACAAUGAGCGGACAUUUAUCUUAGACAGUACACCUGAAGCCCAAACUUUGUUACAAGAUGUUGAACUCGUUGAAAGCGGAGCUUCUGGGCUCAUGGCUCGGAAUUCACAGCAAGGCAAAGAGCUUCUGGAAACUAAAAAAAAGAAAGCCAUCACUAUUGAGGAGGUUUACACCGCUGCAAAAUCAUUUGAGCUCACUGUUAUACCAACGCUAGAUUAUAUGUCCCUUUUGGAGGAUCGAGACUCCUGUGGGCAAUACAAAGCUUUAUCUCAGAGCCCAGGCACUGUGGGACAACAAGAACCCUUAAACGACGAUUCUCAGCGCAAGAUUGGCGUGAACGCGAUUUCCAACUUCACCUUAAGCCGCACAACAACCGAUAGCAGUGAAUAUUUUGACGCCUUGCAAUCAGAACCAAAUGAGUCACUUCUCAGUGAAGCUUUCGACACAGAGUCUGCAUACUACACCGAUGCUUUGAGUAAUGAACAGCUUUCUCGAGUUUCCACCAUUAGCUUAAAAUGUGACUCUAACUCGCUAUCGAAGCUGCAUGAUCAGGCCAAACUACUGGGCUUUGUCUUGGUUAAACAAACAUCCGAAACAUUCAGAAAUGCGUCCGGCGGUCAGGACGCAACGUUUUGCUGCGAAAAUAGCUUUUCAGUAUCGGGUGAUCCCACAAACAAGCCGGGUAUGGCCUCAGUAUCAGACGACGCGAGUACGAUUUCUAGCAUGGAGAGCAAGUCUAGUGAGGAGGUUCUAAAAGAGCGGGCCGCCACUUUAGGACUAUUUGUUAUUACAGAAGAUGAGCACGCUGACUUUGAAUCUUUGAAGAGACUUCACAAGUCAGCUGUUGAUCGAAUGGACAGUAACGCUUUGUCUUCUCUUGAAGCACAUACUGGCAUGGGCAACAUGCUGGAAAAUGAUUCAUUGCAGUACGGCAAAAAACGCUUUUUUUCGAAGUUCGAAGAACGCGCAGAGUUAUGGCUUGAAGAAGAUUCCUCCAGAGCAGGACAUUCUAAAACAGAUGAGAGUCAUGGUGUUAUUUCGCAGGCAGGUGGAAGUAAGGGCGUAAACUCAGACUCUACUUCAAAUGAUUACAUCUCAAAAACAGAUGCUGAUCCUGAUCGUGAAGUACUCACUCUGGAAGGCAAUUGUAAGAAGGACACUACAGAAGUUAGUUCUGGUGAAGAUGCACACUUGCGCCAAACUUCUCGUGAGCCAAAGUCCCGGACAUUAGCUAAUGUUGACUAUCGCUGCUGGACAAAGGACGAGCUGAUAGAGAGAGCCCAGGAGUUCGGUCUUGUUUCACUCGAAGCAGACCAGUUUGCACAAAUUAAGGAGGAAUUGGCAGCAGGGACCAAAAAUUUGACGUUAGACGACUUGAUGAUCAAAGCGGCAGAAUUUGAUAUAGUUCCGAUACAAAGAAAACAGUUUGAGCAGAUUAAGGAAGAACUCUCGAAUCCUUCUUUUACAAAAGACCAAGUGGUAAAGAAUGCGGUGGAGUUUGGUCUGGUGGCAAUUGAAAGAGACGAAUAUGACAGUCUGAAACAGCAGAAGCAAGGGGGCGUCGACGACGAAUUCGCAUCGUCUGGCGUCGAGGAAAGUGAACUUUCGGUAGACAAUGAAGACAGAAAUCAGCUUGAUGCACUUGCUAAAAAGCUUGGCUUGAUGUGCAUUCCAGAAAGCGCAUUUAUUGCCACAACGACAGUUAGCGGAAUCGACGUGCAGAACGUUGUGGUGCUGCCUUCCACUUAUUAUGAUUACAUUCUUGCGAAAGAGCAAGAAGGUCUAAAAAUGGCCACGAAUGAAGAGGUACAAGCCGAAGCAAAAAAGCGCGGUUUGGCCGUAGGAGCAAAGAGCAAUGCUGGCCCAGGUAUUGUCGACCUAUCCCCACAGCGAUUCAAAAUCAGCAGGCAACCAACAAUUCGCUCUAAUGUUUCGUCAGAGUCUAAUAACAGAAGGGGUCUGGCAGAAGCAGCCGCGUAUGCUGCCUAUAAUGAAUACGAGGCAGCGACGAUACAGUCGCGGGGUAGGCGUACCUCGCUCUCAUCGGGUCGUCACACGAUCUUGAACAUGGAACACGAAACGCCUCGUCACAUUCGUCACACCUCUCUUGACGGGGGCAUUUCUCUGGCGACGGUUGCAUCGCUCAGCGAACCAAGCAUAAUUCCCGCUCUCACUCAAACGGUAAUCGGUGAGUAUCUGCACAAAUACUACAGACGCCUUGGUCCGCUGUCCAACGUUAGGUCGCGCCACGAGAGAUACUUUUGGGUGCAUCCUUAUACCAUGACUCUUUACUGGUCAACGAAUAACCCUGUACUAGGAAACCCUGCUACAAACAAGACCCGAGCUGCUGCAAUUCUUGGCAUAGAGAGUGUUGAGGACUCGAAUCCAUACCCUGUGGGACUCUACCACAAGAGCAUCAUCGUGAAAACCGAGACGCGACCUGUCAAGAUAACUUGCGCUACCAGACAGCGGCACAACAUCUGGUUCAACUCGCUCCGCUACUUAAUUCAAAGAAACAUGGAUGGCAUUAAUUUGGAUGACACUGCAAUUGAUUCUGCUGAUGCGAACAAAAUUUACCAGCUUCCGGGUGAGACACCCAAACUGACCAACCAAAGAUUGUCUUCGACGAGACGUGGAUUUUCUGCAGAAACUACGAAGCGUUCCACCUCCUCAAGAACACUCAGGUCGUGA